CUUCCACACUGGACCUGAACCCAGCUGGCGGACUUUUCUUUCUGAACCCUUCGCCAUACUAUUCGUUCAUUAUAUACUUGGGGAGAAACUUUAAUCUCGUCUAUACCCGCAUAGACUACCUUCAAUUCUGAAGCCCUCCAUACAAUAUUCUCCAAGCACACAAGACACACCAUGUGCCAUGAGUGUCGCAGUCAUGUCCCGGAUUUGGACGAGUUGGUACAGCUUUGCAACUAUUUAUAUAUCGAAAACCACCCGAAAGAAUUCCCAUCGAGCCAGCAUGACCACCUCACAAGCACGCAACGCUUGUACGCUGAACGGUUUAUUGCAUACAUGACUCAAGUCCACUGCUGCGAAAACUUGCAGUUUUUGAUUGACUGCUUCCGGUACGAGACUAUGUACCAACGAUACCAGGAUGUUGUGAGUGGGUGUGUCACAACUCAGGUCGCCCCUCUUCCGAGACCUAGAAACAUGCAUAUACAUUCCCACCCCUUGACGUCACGUCUGGCUACCCCGAACAUGUCUCCUAUUACAAAUAACAAUAGCUCCGGGAAUAAUUCACCGAGCACCAGCUUUGAUAUUGCUCUCCCAAAAGUCCUCAGCGGCUCCACCGGCAACCCCUACGACACGUCUUCGUUUUUAUCACCGCAACACUCACGCAUCCCGAGUGGUUCCACCAACAACAGCGAACUGGACAUUUUUGAAAUCGAAGGGGUUGACCCAGCUAGACCUUCCUACCAGGCCAGCGGAUUGAGGUGCCAGUACGGUACCGACAAUAUCAACAUCAGCCACGCUUCUUUCGACCUCACAGAUGCCUUAGCCCUGAAGGCCCAGCUAUUUGAUUUUUGGCACGCAAUCAUAGACACAUACUUUACCGAGUCCUCUUUAUGCCAACUCAACGUCUCCGCUGUCACUGGCAACAACUUGAGAGAUUCCACGCCGCAGUACCGCGAUCAAGAACCUUCGUCGGCGGCGGAUAUCCCCAACCCGAGCCACUUGGAAAAGGUCAAGCAAGAAGUACUUGCGUUGAUCAGGGGAAAUAACUAUCAUCCUUUCCGUGAUUCAUGCCACUCUCAGCUGGAAUCACCGAUCCCGUUGGUGAGCACCGUGUCUUCCGACAGCACUGGUGUAUCCGACAGCCUUGACAACCCAGAGAUGGCCAAGUCCUACUAUGAGACUAGUGUCACACCUCCUCUUUCUUCUCCACUCCUCGAAUCCAUCAAAAUCCCGUACCCCAGAUUGGCAGAGAAGGAGUCCUACGCAACCUUAAAGAACAGUAUUGACACCUCUUCACCGAGAACAUCCCAGCCGAACUCAAACAGCUCGUCUUUUAUUAACCUCUUGGAAAAGGUGGGCUACAGGGGCAAACUGUCUCCGCUCCAGCCUUCGGGAGAUGAACAGCUACUGCCAUUGAGAGCCACCCCAAGACGCUAUUACUCUACCUUUGAUAAGUCAGACUUGUCCCCAACUUCUACUGACGAUGAACAUGGGGAUAAGCUAAAAAGUCGUUUUCUGAAGUUGUGGACCAGGGGGUCCAAGAGAUGAUCUUAUAAAUGUACUUUCAGCAUACCUAGGCUUAACAGCCAGUCACACAUUGCACACCGCUCUGGUUUUAU